AAUUUAAUUUAUCACUCUGCUACAGUAAUAAAAUUGGUAAAUUCACGUCAUUAGUGUUUGAGUUCCUUCGAAUGUAUUGUUAUCCGUCUUUUUAUUCUGUUUAUUGUACCAUACUCGUUCAAUUUAUGGUGUAUUGAGAAAUGUCAUGCAAAAGGGCAAGUCUUCAAAGAUUAAUCAAGCAUGACGUUACUGCAUUUAGCAAUACCUCUAUUUUGAAUAGUAUGGAACGAUUUAUUCGAACAGUGCGUGAGAUGGAAGAUACGAUUUUAAUUCCCAGUCGACUUCUAGACUUAACUGUAGGCGAUUCGCAGGAUAACCUUCAAUUGGAAGACAAACGUAGUUCUGUCAUUAAAGCCACAUUGGCUAACGUCGAUUUGUAUCGCCUUUACAACAUAAUCAAUCAAAUGAAGAUCGAAGUGUUAUGGUCGCAGGACCACAUGAACAAUGCUCAAAAUUUAGAGGAUCCCGCGUUAUUGCAAAAGUUUAUACGCGCUAGGAAUUCGAGUAAUACGUCGAUGCACAGUAUACAAAGUGUCUGUACUUCUUGCAAUUCAGAAUUUGAUAUUGUAACUGAGAAUGAUUCUGAAGCGGAGAACGAAGAUAGUGUUAGUGUUGCUGCACGAUCUUUUAAAAGGCACCUGCACGGACUGCAUCACAAUAUCGAAAAAAUGAUCCUGGCCGCCGAAUAUUUAAUAUUAAGAUAUCAAACUGCCAUCGAUAGUCAAGCAUGAUCGUUUCUCGAAUGAUUAGAACUAUAUUAUGAACUUUAUUUGAGAUACUUAAGCAGAUACUAUUAUCAAUACAUUAUACAUUAGUGAUAUUUAAUGUACCGUUUUUAAAUUAUGUCUACUAAAUAUUGAAUAAAAGUUACAGCCUCAAAUAUGGA